CGAGGAAAAGGAGGACGGUCGGUGGUACCGAGGGUCACAGGGAUGUACAGUAAACACAGGCAGAAAAAUGGCCAAAUAUCACCGGCAAAAUGUGGACGUUUGCUCCUUUUUCUGUCUUUUCUGUUGCUGAACGGGACUUUGGAAAGAGCCAGCGGACACACCGGAGAGGAAGGGCCGAGGACGGGAAGGACAGUGACGGCACAGUGGCUUUCUCAAGGCCGGAUCAAGAGGGAGGCUGAAACCCUGACACAGGUAGUGCAUCCGGUCAGAGGGGAGAUCGUGCUGUCAUCAAGUAACCUCCACCUGGUGCUACAAGUGGAACGUAAUCACGAGCUUUUAGGUCCAGACUUCACAGAGACCUACUAUACAGAAGAUGGACAGCUGGUGACUGUGACCAAUCACAAUUACACUGACCACUGCUUCUACCAUGGCCAUGUGAGAGGACAUCCAGAGUCCUGGGUGGCUCUCAGCACCUGCUCAGGAGUCAGGGGCCUGAUAUCCUUGAAUUCUAGUGACACCUACUACCUGGAGCCAAUCAGUGGUGUGGAUCCUCCUCACCAUUCACUGCUGAGUACGGAGGAACUGCCUAUUAAAGGUGGAAACUGUGGCCACAGCCAUCAAACUGCACAGUCCAACCACAUCUCUGACCUGCUCAGACCAUUUAAUUUAAGGGUUAAAAGGAACACCUGGGGUACAACCAAGUACAUGGAGCUGUACAUCGUGGCUGACAACACACUGUUUAAGCGGCAGAAUAAGGACUAUGAAAAGACCAAGGCAAGGAUAAUGGAAAUUGCCAAUUACGUGGAUAAGUUCUACAGGGCUCUGAACAUCCGUGUGCCUCUGAUCGGCCUGGAGGUUUGGACUGACAGGGACCAGUGCAUCGUGACAGAAGAGCCGAAUGCCACCCUCUGGUCCUUCCUGCAGUGGAGACAGAAGCUGAAAUCCCGCAAGAAGCACGACAAUGCGCAGCUGCUGACGGGUGUGAUUUUCAAGGGGACGACUAUUGGGAUGGCACCACUGGAGGGGAUGUGCAGCCUGGAAAACUCUGGAGGCAUCAAUGUGGACCACUCUGAGCUGUCCAUUGGUGCUGCAGCAACCAUGGCCCACGAGAUCGGCCACAACUUCGGGAUGAGCCAUGACCACGAGGGCUGCUGUGUGGAGGCCACCGCCGAGCAGGGAGGCUGUGUGAUGGCUGCCGCCACCGGGCAUCCAUUUCCACGAGUCUUCAGCCGCUGCAGUAAGCGCGACCUGGACAGCUACUUCCAGAAGGGAGGUGGCAUGUGUCUCUACAAUAUGCCCAACAUGAAGGACUUGGUGGGGGGAAAGAAGUGCGGCAACGGAUUCGUGGAGGAUGGAGAAGAGUGCGACUGUGGAGAACCUGACGAAUGCACCAAUGGCUGCUGCAAUGCCAAUAACUGCACCUUGAAGGAGGAGGCUCAGUGCGCCCAUGGAGUAUGCUGUGAGGGCUGCAAAUUGAAGCAGGCAGGUACCAUGUGCCGGGGGCCAGCAGGGGCAUGUGAUCUGCCAGAGUACUGCACGGGGGCCUCUCCUUACUGUCCUGCCAAUGUCUACCUGCUGGAUGGCUCCUCCUGUCAGUACGGGCUGGCUUACUGCUACAAUGGCAUGUGCCUCACCCACGAACAGCAGUGCCUGCAGCUGUGGGGCUACGGAGCUCGACCGGCCCAUGAUGCCUGUUUCGAAGACGUCAACGCAGCAGGAAAUGCCUUUGGAAACUGUGGGAAAGAUGAAUACGGCAACUACAUGAAGUGUGAGAAAAGCGAUGCCAAGUGCGGUAAGAUCCAGUGCCACAGUGCUGCCAAGAAGCCUAAAGGCACCAAUGCUGUUUCCAUUGACACCACCAUCAAGACGGACGGCAUCGAGGUUAAGUGCCGUGGCACCUACGUCUACAGCACCCAGGACGGCCAGGGUGACCUGCCUGACCCCGGCCUCGUCAUGACUGGCACCAAGUGUGGAGAGGGAAAGGUGUGCAGAGACCGCCGAUGCCAAAAUGCCUCUUUCACUGAGCUGGAGACUUGCAUCGCACGCUGUCACGACAACGGGGUGUGUAACAGUAACGGGAACUGCCACUGUAAUCGAGGCUGGGCUCCACCCUUCUGUGAAAAGCCAGGACUUGGCGGCAGUGUGGACAGUGGACCUAUCCAGUAUGACAGUCAGGUGGGGCUGGUGGUGGGGCUGCUGUUUGCCUUCCUGGUGGUCCUGCCUGCAGUGCUGCUGCUUUUCUACUGCUACAGGAUAAAGACGUCCUAUUACCACAAGUGGCUUUCACAAAGAGAGAAGAACAAGACCAACAAGACAGAGGCAUCGGUGGAGAAAGGGAAGAACGGCCAUCUGAAUCCUGCCUUUCACCUGAAGGUGGUCGGACCCAUCAACAAAGCCAGCAGCCACAAGGGGCUUCCUCACACUAGCAAAGAGGUACUGCCUCUCAGACCAGGCCUGGCGCCUAAUGGCACCCAGCCAGUCAACAUUGUGCGACCUCUGAGACCCGCCCAGUCUCCUCAGGGUGGUCCCCGGGACCUCAAGGCGGUUCGCCCGCCCCUGCCUGCUGGCAAACCCCCAGCGGCCCCACCCAAAUCACCCCCGACCCCACAGAGACUCAGCCCACCCAAGAAACCUCUGCCCCUCAACCCGACUCGAUCCCCACUGUUGGUGUCUGAGCUGCAGCCCAGACUGUCCCCCUUCCCUCCUCAGAGGCCCCUCCCCCUCAGCCCAGCCAGAGGAGCCUCCCUCACAGCGAGUCCAGCCUUACCUGCGGUUUCCAAACCGUCUCCACGUCUGCUGGUCAUGAUGCCCCCAGCCGUGGGACCCAAACCUGUAGGCAAAGUCUCAGCCAUCCCCCCUCUCAGAGCUCUCAGACCAGUCCCAGGUGCCAAACCAAACACAGCCUCACUUCCACCAAGAAAAUGACCUUCUCCUCCACCUUCCCCUCUCUGAGGAGGCAGUGGCUGACAGCCUAUUUGCACUAAAGAGACUUUGGCUGGUGAACCACAGAGCUGUCACACACACCAGGGGACAAACACAAAGUUUAAAACCAGAGACACGAAUGAACAAACAGGACUCAAACCAGUUUAGACUUCAAAAUGAAUCCCCCCAAACAACCCCCACCUCCCCUCUCCCUCUCCUUUCAAUUUUGACCCCACGCCCUACACCCUGCUCCUUCCGGCGUGCUAACAGUAGCCACAACGACGCGGUUUUGCACGGACGCCUUGCAGACUGAGACAAGUGUUAUCGCUGGGGGACGGUCACAUUUGCCAAAUCAUUUUUUCUAAAGAUUGUUUUUUUUUUUUUUAUCUGUUGAUGCUGUGUAUAAAAAAAACUGCAUUUUGUAAUGACUGCUGUUCUGUUUACAGUUUAUGUGCCAAAGAGGUCUUUUCAUACCUGGGGUGUGUCCCCAAAGCUUGAAAAUCUCCUCACGUUAAGUUUACCAUAAGUCAACUCCUCCAUCUUUGUAGGUUUUAUAAUUUAUUCAGUAGUCUGAGGAAUGUCUCAUACAGCGUGGAGAGGUGGAGGCAGAGCCUGCAGCAGCUUCUCUCAACUCUGUUUACAUGGUAGAGGACUGGAUGGACGCUCGGGGCUCACAGGACACACCCCAGUCACUCAUGUUGGUUUGAAUGUCUUUUGC